UUUGAAAAUCGAUAGUUACCUGUGACCACUGAUGAUGUCCUUUUCUCCGUUCUUUUUCAUAUUUCUUUCAAUUUUUUCACUUUUCCUGAUGGUCGAUCACAGUAAUUCCCAUCUGAUCCCUCCGAAGAUCAGUGAUUCCAGCAAUUCGAACCCAACACAUUUGACUGAAAACCUUAUUGCUUGUGGAUCGUCCUUCUGUGAUCCUGAAUUCUGCGAGAAAUCAGCGAAUAAAGAAAAAAUCAUAUUUGAAUGCCAAAUGAAAGAACAAUAAAACGAAUCUUGU